AUGGCCAUAUCCGCCACCAUUUCGCUCUCUGUCUCUCCGACGACUCGCCAUUCCGCCUCCGCCGCCGCCGCUUUCAACCCCUUCCGAUCCUCUUCCUCCACAACAGUUUCCGUUUCCUUCUCCCCCGCCCUCCGGAUAACCUCUCUCAGAUCAAAUAUCUCAUUUCGAAACCCUAGCUUCCGCGUUUCGGCUACUUCGAUGAGCAUCCAAGCUCCCCAGCAAACAUCCUCGACUUCAUUCCUCGAUCGAAGAGAGAGCGGCGUCCUCCACUUCGUCAAGUACCACGGCCUCGGCAAUGACUUCAUCCUGGUGGACAAUAGGGACUCUACUGAACCUCGAAUUAGUCCGGAGCAAGCUAAGAAAUUGUGCGACAGGAACUUCGGCAUUGGCGCGGAUGGAGUGAUAUUUGCCCUGCCAGGGACCAAUGACACUGAUUACACCAUGAGGAUCUUCAACUCUGAUGGUAGUGAACCUGAAAUGUGUGGCAAUGGAGUACGGUGCUUCGCAAGGUUCAUUGCUGAGUUGGAGAAUUUACAUGGGAACCACAGCUUUAAAGUGCAUACGGGUGCUGGCUUGAUUGUUCCAGAAAUUCAAGGUGAUGGGAAGGUGAGGGUUGAUAUGGGCGAGCCAAUACUGAAAGCAGCUGAUGUACCAACUGGACUUCCAGCAAAUAAACAAGAAGCUGUCGUUAAAUCGGAACUGGAUGUGGAUGGGGUAACCUGGAAUGUGACUUGUGUCAGCAUGGGAAACCCUCAUUGUGUGACUUUUGGGACCAUAGAAAACAAGGGCCUAUUGGUUGAUGAGCUAAAUUUGGCUGAAAUCGGCCCUAAAUUUGAGCAUCAUGUUAUGUUUCCUGCACGAACAAAUACAGAGUUUGUCCAAGUUUGCUCCCCUUCGCACCUGAAAAUGCGUGUCUGGGAACGUGGAGCAGGAGCAACACUAGCAUGCGGGACGGGGGCUUGUGCCACAGUGGUGGCUGCAGUUCUUGAAGGUCGUGCUGGAAGGAAAUGCACGGUGGAUUUGCCUGGAGGGCCGCUGGAGAUAGAGUGGAGGGAGGAAGACAACCAUAUUUACAUGACUGGCCCGGCUGAAGUAGUGUUCUACGGUUCUGUGGCACUUUGA